UCCCGUAGUACGUACACCAAACCCACGUGGUUAAUCAAAACAUCAUGGCGGCUGGUUUCAAGAUUGCUGAGCCUCUGGAGUACCACAGGAGCUUCCUGAAAGAAAACUGUCGACCUGAUGGACGAGAGCUGUCAGAAUUCAGAACAACAACACUAAACAUAGGGUCCAUAUCCACAGCUGAUGGCUCGGCUCUGGUGAAGGUUGGAAACACGACAGUCAUCUGUGGGAUCAAAGCGGAGCUGACGAACCCUUCAGUAGACGCCCCCGGCAAAGGUUACAUUGUUCCUAAUGUGGACUUACCGCCGCUGUGCUCCUCCCGGUUCCGGCCCGGUCCACCUGGAGAGCAGGCGCAGGCUGCCAGCCAGUUUGUCGCUGAUGUCAUCGAAAGCUCUGAGGUGGUGAAAACAGAAGACUUGUGCAUUGAAAGAGGAAAGCUCUGCUGGGUUCUCUACUGUGACAUGAUGUGUCUGGACUACGAUGGGAACCUGCUGGAUGCUUGUAUUAUCGCCCUGCUGGCCGCUCUGCAGAACACAAAACUCCCAGAAGUCACCAUCAACACAGAGACCAGCGCACCAGAAGUCAAUUUAGAAAAGAAACAAGGGCUGAAUAUUCACAAACAUCCAGUCGGAGCCUCUUUUUGUGUCUUCGACGACUCCAUACUGAUCGUUGAUCCCACAGCUGAGGAGGAAACUCUGUCCACAGCUCAGCUCACGCUGGUGACCGAUGAGGAGGAUCGACUCUGCAUCGUACACAAACCAGGCGGCACGCCGCUGUCCGGCGAGAAGCUGCAGGAGGUGAUCAGCAGAGCGACAACACGACAACGAGAGAUCCAGAAACUCAUCGACAAAGUGGUCCACAGCGUGAAGACAGCGCAAUAAAGAGCCUCAGACAACGCUUUUUUUUUAUCUAAAAGCUGUAUUUUCCACUGUCAAUAUAUAUUCUUUUUUUUAAUAACAAUAAAACUGCUGACAAAGA